AUUCGCUUGCGCUGCGAGAAAUUUCGAGGUCGGAAUUGAACGUCGUCGCCAACUCUCAAUCAACCACAAACCGACAAACACCGGGAUCAUGGGUAUCGACCUCGAUCGCCAUCACGUCCGGAGCAGCCACAGAAAGGCGCCCAAGAGCGACAAUGUCUACCUCAAGCUCUUGGUGAAGCUCUACCGCUUCCUUGCCCGCCGAACCGAUGCCAACUUCAACAAGAUCGUGCUCAAGCGUCUUUUCAUGUCCCGCAUCAACCGCCCUCCCAUGUCCAUCUCCCGCAUCGUCAGCAAAGUCAGCACCGAGAGCGCACAAAAGGCCUACAAGGACAAGACGAUCGCCGUCGUUGGAACCGUCACAGAUGACAACCGCCUCUUGACCGUCCCUGAACUCCACAUCGCUGCUCUGCGAUUCACAGCCACUGCCCGUGCCCGGAUCGAGAAGGCUGGCGGUGAGUGCAUGACCCUCGACCAGCUCGCCAUGAAGCACCCAACUGGAAGCAAUGUUGUUCUGUUGCGAGGACCCAAGAACGCCCGUGAGGCCGUCAAGCACUUCGGUAUGGGACCACACAAGCACAAGAAGCCAUAUAUCGAGAGCAAGGGUCGCAAAUUUGAGAAGGCCAGAGGACGAAGACGAUCAAAGGGUUUCAAGGUGUAAACAGCUGGCACAUUCUGAUGUUGGUGAUGGUGACCACAAAAAAACCAGAAAUGGGUGUCUGCUUGCAGGCCGAAGCGACGAAACGGCGCAAGUCUUUCAUGGCAUGGCGGUUAUGGGCUUAUUACUACGAUUGCGUGGCAAGGAAUCAAGUCGAGCCUGCUGACAAUGAGCGUGCAAGAUCUCUUGAUUGCGUGAUGCCGGGGGUAUGCAUGGCAUGAUCAAGGUAUCUCGAGACGAAUGACAAAAGAUUCAAUGUUGACAAAAGCUCAAUGAUCCCCAUCCAUUUCUCCUUCUGCAUCUGGUUUACCUGCUGGUUUCCCAGCAGAUGCUCCUGUCAGGUGCAAUUUCGGUCCCGAGUUCGUCGUACGUUCAGCAAAACUUAUCCGGCAUGAAC